CUCCCUCCCACAGCACGCUCACAUGUGCGGGGCUUGCACAUGUCUAAAAAAAAAUAUCUCAGCUAUUAAAUAAUUGUUUCAGAAGAUUUGCAGUGUAGCCUAACAGCCUCCUCUUUUUGGAUUUAUAUUAUCCCGGGGGUGAAACUGGUUGUUUUCUAAGCGGGGUUAAGUCGUUAAGUCGUGCCCGCUUAUCUGCUGCUGCGCAUGCGAGUCACACACACACACACACACAAACUCACACAAGCAGAAAAGUUGUAUCCUGUGCGGAGUUAAUGUUUGCUGCUGGAGGGAAGCGGGCGUCGUUUCAUCACCGCCCGCAGAGAAACCUUUUACACACAACAGGGUAACAACAAAAAAAAAAAUCGAGGACUGACCGACGGUCAACGCGGGAUCAUAAAACAAACCCCACUCCGGCCAACAACCGUUGGAGCGCUAACGUUCACAGCGCGAGGAGCUAAGCGGCUAAACGGACAUGGCGACGGCGAUCUACCUGGAGCAUUACCUUGACAGUAUUGAAAACUUACCAUGUGAGCUGCAGAGAAACUUUACUCUGAUGCGGGACCUGGACAACAGGACUGAAGAAAAGAAAGGAGAGAUCGACAAACUGGCUGAGGAGUACAUUGCAACUGUGAAGAACUUGGCCUCAGAGCAGAGAGUGGAACAUCUGCAGAAGAUCCAGAAUGCCUACAGCAAGUGCAAAGAGUUCAGCGAUGACAAAGUCCAGCUCGCAAUGCAGACAUAUGAAAUGGUGGACAAACACAUCCGCAGACUGGAUGCAGAUCUGGCUCGGUUCGAGAACGAGCUGAAGGAGAAACUGGAAGUGAGCGGCUACGAAAGUACCGAGGGAAGAGGAGUGAAAAAGAGUGAGUCGCGGGGGCUGAGGGAGAAGCGUGCAUCCAGAGGAAGAGGAAGGAAAGGUUCUGAUGAAGAUUCUCCUCGAAAGAAAAAGAUUAAAAACAGCCCAGACUUGAGCGACGCUCUCCUGCCCAUGCAGCCGUCAGACGUCUUGGACAUGCCAGUCGAUCCCAACGAGCCCACCUACUGCCUGUGCCACCAGGUGUCAUACGGAGAGAUGAUUGGAUGCGAUAACCCAGACUGUCCGAUUGAGUGGUUCCACUUUGCUUGUGUUGAUCUCGCCACAAAACCCAAAGGGAAAUGGUUUUGUCCGAGGUGCACCCAAGACAAGAAGAAGAAAUGAUUUUUUUGAUUUUUUUUACGUUCAGAAGUACUGAACUAAUAAUGUAUGUAUUUUGGUGUAGUUUAAUAGUGUAAUAUACAGUGUGUAUAUAUUUCAGUCCCUAUAACCCUCCAUAGAAAUGGUGGGUCAUACAGCUAUUUUAAAGGCCUAAUCCAGAGUAUAGCUACAGUUGUGGCCCCAUUAGACCCCUCCACGGACGUCACUGUGCCUGCAUCGUUGGAUUGAAGACUCCAGUCUUUGUCUAAUCGCUCUAAAAUGAUGAACUCACGUGUAUAUUAUUUGGGUAAAUUAGUCUGGGUAGUGGAGUUGCACAAAUUAUUUACCAAUCAGAAAGUCCUUUAAAUCACAGAGUGUAUAUAUUGUUAUUACUAACGUGCUCAGAAAUCCUGGACUGUGGCUUUAGCAUACUUGAAAUGGCAAUUUUAUAAAGAUCUAUUUUUUAAACAAAUUAACAGCCUGCUGAGAAUUUACAAAUUUAAAAACACCUGAAUCCUUACCGAACUUUGGUGGUGAAAGGAAUUACGUGUCACAUUUUCAGUUACCUACCUCCUUAGGGAAUAUAUCAGCACUGCGUGAACGACUGCAAUUGAUGCCAGUGUAAAAAAAAAAAUAAUAAUAAUUGUGUUUUGAUUAGCUUAAACCAAAUGAGCAAAGCAAUGUAAAUUCAUGUAUUGAUUUCCAAAAAAAAAAAAAAAGGCGACAUCUUUGAAUGUAUCGUGGUCAGUCAGUGUCUCUCGUCAGUUGAAUGAGGUAUUUAAGCACUUUGAAGAUUUCCCCUAAAGAGGUUUGAUACUGCAGGCUUGGUUUUAUGACAUCUCAUUUAAAACUCUGCCAUAGUGCAUCACUUCAAACCAUAUGAAAAUAAAUAUAAAUAUAUAUAUAUAUACACACAUAUAUGUAUGUAUAUAUAUGUGUGUAUAUAUACAUAUAUAUGUGUGUAUAUAUACAUAUAUGUGUGUGUGUAUAUACAUAUAUAUGUGUAUGUAUGUGCAUAUAUAUGUAUAUAUGUUUUGUAUGAUAUGAAACAAUAUUUUGUGGACACUUAUUUUCCAAAGAUAUAUUUGUUGUAUUGCGUACUUCUUGGUGUACACUCACACAGUUUUAUUUAAUAGGAUUUUUCGCCUCUUCUUUCGUAUUCAACUGUGAAUAUCACUCGUUUUAGGUGUAAGCCACAAAUAAAAGAGCCAAAGUCUUUGUAUUUUGUAAAUUUCAGUAUUUUAUAACAAAUAAAUAUUCACUAUCA